GGAACCUUAAGCGCGCGACUCGUGGAAGCAAGCCUCCUUCGAAUCCAUCUGCAUACAAGCGAGCACACUAAUCUAUCUUGGCCUCUGGCUUUGCCGAUUUCAAGCAGCCAUCCGCGACAGCGCAGUGUUGCCUUUUCAUCGCCACGGCCAAGCAAGAAGCGAGCAUGCGUUGGAUCUCGUGUCUUCUUGUGGCCCUUGGCGUGACUGUCCACGCCCAAACGCUCGAUGCCGGCGUCUGCGCCAACGUCGUUCGCAACUACGACUACCCCGGCAACGACAUUGCAAGCAUCAAGGUGUCGGGCACGGACCAGGCGCAGUACGCGGCGUGCUGCGACGCGUGUGCCAACAAGGACGGUUGCGCUGGCUUUGUCGUCAACUCCAAGAAGUGCUACAUGAAGAGCAAGAUGGUGCAGUCCGGUUACAAAGCCGGCCUCAUGUCGGGGACGUACUCGUUCACGUCCGAGACCUGCUCGAGUCUCAAGCGCAACGUCGACUACUCGGGCAACGACAUUCGGUCGCUCACUGUCAAGGGCAACGACCAAGCCCAAGCCGAUCUUUGCUGUGAUGCGUGCUCCAACACGAUCAGCUGCAUUGGCUGGGUCGUCAAUGGCAACACGUGCUACCUCAAGCACAAGAUGGUCUACUCUGGCGCCGACACGGGCUUGCUCUCGGGCAAGUACACGCAGCCCAAGAUCGAGUCGGAGACGUGCGGCAACCUCAUCCAGGACGUCGACUACAGUGGCAAUGACAUCCGAGACUUUGCGGUCAAGGGGUCGCCGCAAGAUCAGACGACCAAAUGCUGUGACGCGUGCUCCAAGCAGGACGGCUGUGUUGGCUUCGUGACCCACACUAACACGUGCUGGCUCAAGAAGGCGUGGGUCAAGUCAGGCACGAAGAUUGGUGCGAUGGCCGGGACGUACACGGCACCGCUCCCGACGUCCGACACCUGCGCGGCCAUCACGCGCGGCACCGACUACCCUGGCAACGACAUUCGUAGCUUUACGGUCACGGGUUCGGACCAGGCCAGGGCCGACGCCUGCUGCGAUGCAUGCACCAAGCAAAGCGGCUGUGUCGGCUGGAUCACGCACAGCAGCACGUGCUGGCUCAAGAGCAAGAUGGGAGCCGCCAACCCGCUUCCGACGGCGCUCGCCGGGACGUACGCGGCGCCGCUUCCGACGUCGGACACCUGCGCGGCCAUCACACGUGGCACCGAUUACCCUGGCAACGACAUCCGUAGCUUCACGGUCACGGGUUCGGACCAGGCCAGGGCCGACGCCUGCUGCGAUGCAUGCACCAAGCAAAGCGGCUGCGUCGGCUGGAUCACCCACAGCAGCACGUGCUGGCUCAAGAGCAAGAUGGGAGCCGCCAACCCGCUUCCGACGGCGCUCGCCGGGACGUACGCGGCGCCGCUUCCGACGUCGGACACCUGCGCGGCCAUCACACGUGGCACCGAUUACCCUGGCAACGACAUCCGUAGCUUCACGGUCACGGCGGCUGCGUCGGCUGGACUCACCCACAGCAGCACGUGCUGGCUCAAGAGCAAGAUGGGAGCCGCCAACCCGCUUCCGACGGCGCUCGCCGGGACGUACGCGGCGCCGCUUCCGACCUCCAAGACGUGCGCGGCCAUCACGCGCGGCACCGACUACCCUGGCAACGACAUCCGUAGCUUCACGGUCACGGGCUCGGAGCAAGACCAGACCGACAAGUGCUGCACGGCGUGCUCCAACACCAUCAGCUGCGUCGGCUGGAUCGUCCACAGCAACACGUGCUGGCUCAAGCACAAGCUGGGUGCGUCCAACGCACUCUCGACCGCACUCUCUGGCCAGUAUGUGCAGCCGGCGAUCUCGUCGGGCACGUGCAGCAACCUCGUUCAGGACGUCGACUAUGCCUUCAACGACAUCAAGCACUUUGCCGUGACGGGGACGCCCCAGGACCAGACCAACCACAGCACGUGCUGGCUCAAGCACAAGAUGGUGCGGUCGGGCCCCAUGGUUGGCGCCAUGGCCGGCACGGCACCCCUCCAAGUGCCCACGUCGCAGGUCUGCGGCGCCGUCACCACCGGCGUCAACUACCCCGGCAACGACAUUGUGAGCUUUCCCAUCAACGGCACGCGCCAGGACCAGACCAACACGUGCUGUGAUGCGUGCACCAAGACCACGGGCUGCCUCGGGUUCGUGCUCCACGACAAGACGUGCUGGCUCAAGUCGGUCUUGACUAACCUCACGCCCUUGAGCAGCGCUGUCUCGGGCACAUUUGUAUCCGGUGGCUCGGCCCGGCGCGCGUGCUACGCCUAG